GCCGCACAGCGACGAUGAGCACGACUGCGCUGCAUGCAUUAAACGUUUGAACACAGCCUACACCACCGCGAGCACGUAUACAAGUCCGAAUCGAAACUCAACCGAGGUCAACCACCAUGUCAGCCGCGAACAGUGAAAACAACGACCACGAACAAAUGGCACUCUGUCUGAAACUACCCUUCCCUAAGCCCGAAUACUCGCCGACAAACCAAGUCUGCGCACUAGUCCCGCAACACAUGGCGCCAGCCGCUCGUAACCGCAAUAACAAGUCGAAGUCGAAGCACCAUACCACCGAACAGCAUGCAUCCGCGGGCGAAAUGUCCAGCUUCGCAAACGAAGUCUCAUCCUUCGACAAGAGACCUGGGGCAAUUUGGAGAUUUGAUACCUCUGUGAAGCAUUUCAGGUCGCUGGAACGCAGGGGUGCCGGCCCCGCGGCGGAGAGCAUCGACCACGCACCUCCGCCGUACACAGCACCACCCGAGCUACACGCCGGCACCGUCCCCGCAGGAUCCCAGCCCACACUCGCCACAUCGGGAGAGUCUGCUGUUCCCAUCCCAGGCUUCGGCGCCGCUUCGACGCCGACGCAGGGCACGAACGUGGGCCUGGUCGCAGGCCUGUUGGUGGGCGGGGCGGCGCUGCUCGGCGUCCUUGCCGCAAUAUCCAUGGUAUACCGGAGACGCAGAGCGAAGAACAUCCGCGCAUUCGCCUCGGAUACUGCCGCAUGGAAGGCGCACGUUUCCGCGCCGACGCUCAAUACGCUGUCCAUAUCGAACAGCUUCAGCAAUUUCGUGCUUGUCAAUACGACUGCCUCGGACGACGAGUCCCCGAGACCGCAGAGCCCGGAGGUGAAGGGGUUCUUCACCGAUCAAGAGUUCAAGGAAGUGCCUCAGAAGGCCGCCAAGUCCUUUGAUCCCCGUCGAUUCUCGUCGCCCUCUGCUCUGGGUGCGACCUUUAUGCGUGCUUUUGGAAAUCUUAUGGCGCCAGGAAUGACGGCCUCGGCCUCUGCGCCGACGAGCCCGUCCCUGGACACCCGCGAUCGCUCCUUGCAUGUCCAGCGCCAGAAAGCGGCCGAGCUCGCCCAGAUAGUGCGCAUGAAGUUCGUCAAGGAGGAGCUGCCGGCCGUGGCACAUUCGUGCACCGAGCUCGCCAGCUCUGCCAGGCGUCCCGCGAUCACCGCCGGCCUCGGGAUCGUCCAUCAAGAGAGCGAAGUGGACAUCGCGAGCACGCUUCUGUGUGCACUCGACAGAUAUUCUGUCUCCUUUGACUCCGGGUCGCCCGUCGUCCCCAUCACGAACCUUUUCCAGGUCGACAAGGAUGGCAAGGUCGUCCGCCGGUCUGCUGCGCCCUCGCCCGUCUCGCCCGCCUCCGACGCCUCGCCCCAGACACCACAGCGCAUCGAUCCUUCUGACAACGGCUCGAUCGCGACCGAGGACGAGGAUAUGGACGACGUGAACGACGCAGUCAUCGUCCGCCUCGGACAAGCCAGGAGCAUGGAGAUCAAGCCAGAGCGUGGGAUGCUCGUCUCGCUGCAAACGAACAGCUCGAUCGCUACCGCGCCGACUGCGUCGCUUUCCACGUCCGUCCUUGCCUCCGCUACCCCUGCCGCGUCCACCGCAGCAGCGGCAGAACGUCCGAAAUCGACCAGCGCGAUACCAGUGCCGCCGACGCUGAGCGCAAUCGCCACGUCGCCGACGUCGCUCUCGGCCGACAUCGAGGACACGCUGGAAGAGCGGGUGUUCGCCUACAGGCCGAACGGGCCGUGGUCCAAAGCGAACUACAAGCUGACCACGCCCGGCCAGGUGCGGGCGCUGACGGAGGCGUUGUCGAUCGCGAAAGCGCACACGCCGCUCCAGCAGCCGCAGGCUUGGCCUUGGCCUGCGCAUCGGUCAGCUGCGCUGGAGGAGCUAGGGGACGACUAGACGCAUGAGCGCGUGGCGUGGAGGUCAGCACAUAUAGAAUCGCUUGCCUAGGAAGCUGGAUAGACACACUGGAUCGACCUGUGCAACACUGGGAAUCUUCGGGCUGUAUUUGCACAUGCGUAUAGGCCAGACAAACACGAGUUGCAUUAUCGCGGACCGUCUGGUGCGCGUGCGGAGUGCGUCGAGUCCCAUGAUCCCGGAGAUGGUACAGAUAUUGCGAUGGCGGGUCGUUGUGGCGCACAUCAUUUCGAAUCCGUGUAAACAAAUGCGGGACACGAUAGCGGACCCGGGCAUGCCAGUCAGGCGUUGGGGAAGGCGUGGCUGAUAGCGACCGGCAUGACGUUGCGUUUCCGGUCGGACACCUGGUAGUAUCUGCCGCUCUCAGCUUCAGACAGUCUGCCAGCGGUCGAAAAGCAGUGCCGUAAAUAGUUCAUCUCGGAGACAGAGCUGUCCUGCACUCAGCCAGCGUGAGACAAGGGACCGCAGCAGACGUGGGAGUGCAUGGAGCAUCCAGUCGGAGUCGGUGGCCUAGACACGAAACAAGGUUUCCUUGGGACGACCUCAUGUAACACACGAGUCGAAGCGGUCAAUCCAGGAGCAGCAACCUUCGGGAGAGUCUGAGCGCCGAGCACCAGAAAGAAAAUCUAGCAAGCAGUACUGCCGCAAGAGCAGGGGCCAGCUUUCGAGUCGCUUCAGAAAGUAAGCACUGUCCUCUCCGAGAGUUCUCCGAUGGUCGAAAAGA